GAGGAAAUUCGUGUUUAUUUAUGCAUAUUUAAACCUGCUUGUUAUUUUUUCCUUCUUCUUUUUUGUUUUGUUUCUUUGUCUUUUUAUUUAUGUCUACAGAAAGCCUUUUACAUUUAACAGAAGACCGGACUAGUCUUCAUAUAGCUUCUAUAGGAUUAUUGUCUCUGGCUAUUAUUCCUAUUGUGGUUGGUUCAUUCAGUUCUUUACUGACACUCACUCAACCCAAAACUCGUUCAAGAACACGGUAUCCUCGAAGAGCCAAAUCCACACGUCAUCGUCGAGAAUACAUUCAAUAUGCCUCGGACGAUGAAGUCCAUGAUGUAUUUGAACAGCAUCAUGACCAGCACAGUAAUGCCAAUGUAUUGACCAUCAAAAGCACUUUUUUGCUUCCAUUGGCUUCUUCUUCUGUGGCUUACAUGAUCUCUAGUUUGAUUCAUACAGUUGAUCCUCAUUAUGUCAACCAACUUGUGACACUUGUUGCCUGUCUCUUGUCUUGUACAGCACUUUCCAAGACAACCAUGACUGUCGCUGAACAAUACUUGCCCCAUCAUCGAUUCUUUUACCGUGCCUAUCAUCUCACCAUCACAAAUCAAGACAAUCAAAAAUUAUGUCAUUUUAAUGUCACUCUGAUUCAUUUGGGCAUUUUUAUGGUUUCUGCCUUACUUGCAGUCACUUUUGCAUGGACACAUCAUUGGGUGAUUGGUAACUUGUUUGCCAUGAGUUUGUCUAUCAAAGCCAUUCGGUCAUUUACACUGGAUUCAUUCAGUACAGGCUUCUUUUUAUUGACAGGUAUGUUGGCUUAUGAUCUCUUUUGGGUGUUUGGUACCGAUGCCAUGCUCGAGAUUUCAAAAGCACUUAAAGAUACACCCAUCAGUGUGGUUUGGCCCAAGACAGUGCAUCCUCAAUUACUGAGCAAAUUGAUCAAAAAAGAUCAUUUCUUCAGUAUGUUUGGUAUAGCUGAAAUCAUUGUUCCAGGUAUCUUUAUUGCUUAUUGCUUACGAUUUGAUCGUUACAAUGCUUACAAGAAGAACAUCUUGGAUUUCCCCAAGCCUUAUUUCCUUAGUGCACUCGCUGCUUAUGCUUUAGGUGCAGGUAGUUCCAUUUAUACUGUCCAUUUCACAAAACAACCUGAACAAUCUGCUUUUGUAUUUGUGGUCCCUGCCUUGAUCUUAUCGACCAUCUUGACAGCCAUGUAUCGUCGUGAAUUAAAUGUGAUUACGGAUUGUUCUGCUAUUUUCAAGACAUGGGAACAAGAAGUGAAUGCGUUAAGAAGAUCAUCGUUUGCUGAAGAUGCAUAUGGUGCCGUGACAGACGCUGUGGAAGGUACACGAAAAGCAGUGGAGCCCUAUGUAGAAGAAACACGCAAGACACUAGAACCUUAUGUAGGUGAUGCUAUGGAGAAUACCUAUCAAUUAGUAGAUGAUACAAGAAAAGCAGUAGAACCUUAUGUGGAUGAAGCAGUCAAGGGUACAAAGAAAGCCAUUCAUUCUGUUGCUACGGCUGUUCAAGAACAAACAGUAGUGGAUGAAAAUACAGAAGAAUCAGAUGAGCGUGCCAAUCGUCGUCCACGUAGACAGCGCAGACCUACCUAUAAAUCUGUGUCCCCUAGAGCUACCAGAAGAAGAAGUACAAGCAAAAGAACUAAGAGAAAUAGCACAGUAGCAAAUCAUACUGCGGAUGCUGCGUCUGUUGAUCAUGUUUAGAAUUUUUUAUUAUUAUUAUUAUAAUGCUAAUCGAUAUAAUCCUGCUGAAAUAAACACUGUUUAAAGAUAAUAUCAGAUCAUAGUUCUUGUUUGUAUGAUAAAGUGCGCUUACCCACACCAGCAACACCAAGUCCUA